GCAGGGCUGGAAAUCUGGGGGAAGGAGAUUUCCUUUGGGCAUAGCAGGAGAUAUCGCUCAGGCGUGUUCGCAGUGAAGCCCAAGAAAGCGCAGGAGUACAUGCCUAACACAAGAUACAAGAUGUCGAUAGAGAUGGACAGCAUCUUCAUGUCUCGUCUGAGCAUGGACAAGCUGCUCUGCAGGCUGGCCAUGAAGUACACCUCUGACAGCUAUGACGUCGUGAGGAACAAUUGCAAUCACUUCACCGACGAUCUGUGCAUGGCGAUAUGCGGCAAGUCCAUCCCAGAGUGGGUCAACCGCCCUGCG